AAAUUGUCAUUUUGCCUGUGUCAAUCUGGGAAAACAGGGCCCUGGAUUUUUCCAUUUUCUGUUUACUGAACUGGGGGAGGAGCUCUUUCCAGGGGCAAAUAAGAGUAAAGUUCGACAGUGAGCAAAGUGAGCAGCUCAGUGUACUUUGGGAGUGAGUGAGUAGAGGUUGGAAAAAUGCAGUCUACCUACCUUCUGGGGUUGUUCAUUGCUGUAUUCUGUGCAACUGGACUGGGUCACCCCGACUCAGAGAAAGCUCCUACUGAUGAUCUGAUCCAGGAGGAGCAACGAGAUGUGAUAAAUCGAGCUUUCUCUGUAAUGUCCACCAGCAAUGCUGAGUUUGCAUUCCAUCUAUACAAGAAGCUUGCUUCAGAAAACCCCAUGGGAAAUGUCCUUUUCUCUCCCCUGAGUUUAUCAAUUGCCUUUGCCCUCCUGUCUCUUGGGGCUGGAGGAACCACCAAAACUCAGAUCUUAGAGGGUUUGAGAUUCAACUUGACAGAGAUCCCAGAGGCUGAAAUUCACAGAGGCUUUCAGGAACUCAUACAAUCCUUCAAUAUCUCAAACAACGGGUUCAAACUAAACACAGGCAAUGCUUUGUUCAUCGGCAAAAAUUUGGAAUUACUAGAGAAGUUCCAGGGAGACAGCAAGUCUCUAUAUUCAACAGAAGCUUUCUCUACUGAUUUCCUUAACCCUGAAUUGGCAAAAAAGCAGAUCAAUGAUUAUGUAAAGAAUCAAACCCAAGGGAAAAUCCCACAAUUGUUUGACAGUCUUGAGGAAAACACAGUAAUGGUCCUUGUGAAUUACAUUUUCUUUAAAGCUAAAUGGGAAACACCAUUCCAUCCAUCUGACACUCACACGAAGGAGUUUUAUGUGAGUGAAGAAAAGGUCAUUGAAGUUCCCAUGAUGUAUAAAAAUAAAUUGUUCACCCGUGUUUUCCAAGACAAGGAGCUUUUCUGCACAGUUGUAGAGCUGAAGUAUAUAGGCAAUGCUACUGCACUUUUCAUUCUUCCUGAUGAAAAGAAAAUGAAGGAUGUUGAAGAUGCUCUCAGCUCAGAAGUACUGAACAAGUGGAAAAAUUCACUCAAACAAAGUGAGAUCAAACUCUUCUUGCCAAGAUUUUCAAUCUCUCGUAAUUAUGAACUGCAGAAGAUCCUUCCCACAAUGGGCAUUGAGGAUGUUUUUACCAACCGUGCUAAUCUUUCUGGAAUAACUGAACAAAACAUCAAAGUUUCCAAAGUGGUCCACAAAGCUGUGAUGGAUGUAGAUGAGGCUGGCACAGAGGCUUCAGCUGCAACAGGCAUUGAGAUAGCACUUGUUUCUUCAAUGUACGAUUCAACUCCAGUCAUUAAAUUUAACAGGCCAUUCUUACUCCUUUUGAGUAAUGAAAGAGAUAUAUUUUUCAUGGGGAAAGUCAGAAACCCCCAAAAUGAAUAGCCCCUUUGAAAAAGAAGAAGGCGCUGACAGGUCAGGAACUAAAAGACUUAGAACUGAAAGGCCAAGGAGAUCUACUUCCAGGACAACCUGUCAUAUGCUGAGUGACCCUGGACUAGUCCCAUACUCUUUGUAAACCUGAUCUUCUACAUUUGUUAAGAAAAAAAAGUCAUCCCGACAUGCCUUAAAUUGUGUAUUGCCUGUGUAAUAACUUUUUGAAAAAGUUGGGAAAUUCUUGAAAACAUUAAGCAUCAUUGCCUUAACAAUAAAAGGUUAGUUAUUUUUCAUUACAAUAAAUCAAUCAUUGAGCAACAAUA